AUGAGAUUUGAAGUGCAGGAGGGUAGUCUUGGAAUUGGACAUCAUGCUGCCAUAGAUACCAAAGAGCAGUGCUUUGCGGAAUGGGGUGAUGUCAUCAGUGAAUCAGGACGGGGGCUCCGGAAUCCUGGCAGCCGUUUGAGCCCUGGACACUUGGAUACGGUCAGUGCUCUUCUCGCCCUGUUGUGGGACUCUGCUCUGGCAAUGGAAGACACUAGACUUCUCUCCACAGUGUCCUCCAGUGGAGGCAAUGUACAGGAGGAGGCGCCAGAGGGCGCCCUCUGCCAAAGGAAGACAGCGUCCCAGGACAACAGCCCGGUGGCCUCCAGUCCUGCCCCUUCAGUGGCUGAUCCUGAGCAAGCAACCAGGGAGAAGAGGGACCCAGAGACAAGGAAACUGGCAGACGCCAAGGCAGCUCUCAGUAGGAACAGCUCCCCGCCCUCUGUCUCCGGCCUGAAGUCCUGGAGAAGGAGGGGCCAGAGGAAGAACAUAUGGACUGUCAAUCACGUCGAGGGAACGAAACUCAGAAUGAACAAGAGGAGAAGACCCAGUUACCGCCUGGAGGACCAAGAGGCUUUCUACCGACUGCUAGAGGACCCUGUAAUCCAGAGCUUCUUGGAAGCAGACAUCUUCCUCAAAGUGUCUGACAAGUACCUGCUGGCCAUGGUGGUGGAGUACUUUGGCCGCGUGGGGCUGCCAGGACACCUCUACAACAGAAUCCAUUUCUUCCUGGCCCUCUAUAUCGCCUCUGACAUGGAGGAGGACAACCCCACGUCAAAGCGCAGCAUCUUCCAGUUCCUGCUGGGCAAGGAGCACUGGCCAGAUCUCUACAAGGAGUUCCUGAAGCUGAAGAUGGAGUUCUUCCACGCCAUGGACCACCGCGCCUGGGUCACCCCGGAGCUAUGUGAGGAGAUACAGGCCCAGAAUCCACACCACUGGGUCUGGGGCCGGGAGCGCCAGUGCGCUCCCUAGGUUCCCAGGCUUGGGAACGCCUCCUGGCAGGUGGUGUGAGUGUGGGUCCCAGCCCCCUCUUUGGUGCCCCCCAAAAAACAACAACAAAAUGAGCAGGCGUGAGGAGGCGGUCUGUCACUCGGUGUCACAGACAGGACUCUGGAAAGGUGUCGCUGAUCCAAGUCCUCCCAAGGAAUCACGCGCUGUGCGUGCAGUAAUGCUCCCAAGCGCCUGACUGCAGGCUUCUGAUCAGAGUUGGAAACUACAGGUGUCCAUCCAGGACCAACACUGAUGCCCACCCCUACUAGAAAACGGAGCUGCUGCCACUGUGGCUCUUGGUAGGAGAAAAGCAAAUAAAUGUUACACUGUCCUUCCA